CACUGGCUAGUGCCUAUAAAAGCUUGCCUCCAGGCAGCCACAACUUCAUUCAGAAGGAAAAUGAAACUCCUUACGGUCUUCGCCUUUGUAUGUGUUGGAACCUUUGCGGUGCUGCACAGCGUCUAUGGCGCACCUGCCCCAUCGCCUGCACCGGAACCAGAGCCGAAUCCUGUGGCAGAUCCUGUGGCAGAUCCCAAGCCCAAGGCGGAGCCAAGUCCAGAGCCGCACGCAGAGCCUUCCCCCAUGCCUGUUGCAUCGCCAAUGAUGCCACAGCCACAGCCCAUGCUGCUGUCUGAGAAAUCGGAUGGCAAUUUCGUUGCACUCUCUGCCAGCCCGGAUCCAGAACCAGCCCCAGCCCCAGCUCCAGCUCCAGUCCCAUCCCCAAUUGCAGCCCCAUCUCCAGUUGCAGCCCCGGUGGCAGCUCCAGUGCCAGUGGCUUUGGAACCUCUGGGCUAUCAGGGCAGUCUGGAUGAUAUGGCACCCGAUGGCAUUGCCGAGGCAAUGCCAGUCUAAGGGAUCCAAGCAGCAGCAGCUUUAAAAUCUAAAUCUUAACGAGGCCUGCACACACACACACACACACACAUAAAUGCACGCACACACGUAUAUAUAUACACAUUAUAUAUAUGUAUGUAUGAAUGUCUUCUCUAUCGGAACUUAAUGUAUUACAAGAGCACUUUAUGUAUUGAAUGUAUCCCCCCAGAGCAAGAGCAGUUAUAAAAUUGCAAAGAAAAA